AUGAGGGUUUUCUGUUGGAAUGUAAAGGGCUUAAACAGCCAUUCUCGUCAAAGUGUGGUCAGAAAUUGGAUCACUAUUAACAGACAUUUGGUUGGUGGUUUUUUGGAAACGCGGGUUAGAGAAGUUAACGCGUCGGCUAUUUUAUCUUCGUUGCUUCCUGGUUGGAGGAUCGAGACAAACUAUGAGUUCGCUGAUAAUGGUAGGAUCUGGCUCGUGUGGGAUCCUUCUAUCUCGGUGAUGGUCUUCAAGAAAACCAAUAAGUUUAUUCACGAUCUAGUUACAAAUUUUUCCUUCUUAGCAACAUUCGUCUAUGCUAGUAAUUUUGAGGUUCAAAGAUUGAAAUUAUGGGACGAUAUCUCUAUCAUUCGUAAUUCCUCUCCCGUUAGAUUCAGGCCCUGGUUAUUAGUUGGAGAUUUUAACCAGAUAGCAUCUGUUUCUGAGCAUUUCUCUGUUAUUCAUGCCUCUCUUCCUCUUCGUGGUAUAUCGCAAAUUCAAGACUGUAUGGAGGUCAAUGAAUUGUCUGAUAUGCCCAGUAGAGGUCUCUUCUUUACUUGGACUAACUGCAGACCGGAAGAUCCGAUACUACGGAAGCUGGAUCGUGCUCUCAUGAAUGAGAAUUGGUUAAACUCCUUUCCGGAUUCUAUGGCUCUUUUCGAUCCACUAGGCGACUCGGAUUAUGCUCCUUGUUUGGUCUCUCUUGACAGUGCUGUUGGGGGUUCUAAAAAAAGCCUCAAGUACUUCUCCUUUCUGGCUACUCAUCCUCGUUUUUCAACAGCUAUCUCUGAACCUUGGAAUGCACCUAUGUUGGUGGGUUCGGCUAUGUUUAAAUUGAGCUCAAAGAUGAAUGCUGCAAAAAUUCGUUAUCGUCAGCUUAACAAAGAAGGUUUCGGGAACAUACAUCAACGAACCAAGGAGGCCUUGGAACAUCUGGAAUCUAUUCAGAAGGACCUCCUUACUAAUCCUUUGGAUAAUCUUUUUAUAGAGGAACAUGUUGCUAGGAAGAAGUGGAAUUUUUUCGCUAAUGCUCAGCAAAUCUUUUUCAAACAGAAAUCAUGA